AUGAAAUUUCUAAGUUUGGUUGGAAAUUCUUUUGGAUGUUCUGCAUCUGGGGAAAGGCUAGUUUCGGCAGCAAGAGAUGGUGAUGUUCAAGAGGCUAAGGCCUUGUUGGAAUAUAAUCCCCGUCUUGCGAGGUAUUCGACGUUCGGAGUUCGGAAUUCUCCUUUGCAUUACUCGGCUGCUCAUGGCCACCAUGAGAUAGUGUAUCUCUUGCUUGAAUCUGGCGUUGAUAUAAAUCUCAGGAAUUAUCGCGGUCAGACUGCACUGAUGCAAGCUUGCCAACAUGGUCAUUGGGAGGUGGUUCAGACUCUGAUCCUUUUUAAAGCCAAUAUUCAUAAAACUGAUUACCUAAACGGAGGUACUGCCCUCCAUUUGGCUGCUUUGAAUGGCCACACUCGGUGCAUUCGGAUCCUUCUCGCAGAUUAUAUACCAAGCAUCCCUAACUUUUGGGAUGUAUUACGGACGGGCGAUUACAAAUCAAUUGAAGAAUUUGAUCAAAGUGGUAUUUGCGAGGUGAUUAACAAAACUUCUGAUGGAGGCAUCACUGCUCUGCAUAUGGCAGCAUUGAACGGACAUGUUGAAAGUGUGCACUUGCUUUUGGAAUUGGGAGCUUCCGUGUCCGAGGUUACCGUAGAGGAUGGAACUACUAUCGAUUUAAUCGGUUCUGGGAGCACUCCACUUCAUUAUGCUGCAUGUGGUGGAAAUGCACAAUGUUGUCAACUAUUGAUUGCCAAGGGUGCCAGUCUCACUGCCGAGAAUGCAAAUGGAUGGACUCCCUUAAUGGUCGCUCGUUCGUGGCAUAGAAACUGGCUCGAGGACACCUUAAAAACGCCUCCAGCCGAAAAUUUACAAGUUCUUCCUUCACCGUACAUAUCUCUUCCAUUUAUGAGCAUCGUGAAAAUUGCUAGAGAAUGUGGAUGGAGGACAAGCGACUUAGCACCGAUAUGCUUAGAUCCAUGUGCAGUUUGUUUGGAAAGAAAAUGUAUGGUCGCUGUAGAAGGCUGUGAUCAUGAAUUCUGCACACAAUGUGCCUUGUACCUUUGCUCAACAACCUCAGCUACAACAAGCAGACAUGGUCCCCCAGGUUCAAUUGCCUGUCCUCUCUGUCGCCACGGCAUAGUCUCAUUCGUCAAGCUUCCACACACAAGACCCUUACCUAAGGAAACCCAAAGGACAACAACAAACUUGUCCUUAACAUUUUGCACUUGCUCAAGUGAAGUUCUUGGCGAUUCCACUGACAUGACAACACCAUUUUGCAAACCAACAACUUCACGUGCCUCUAAACCUUCUUCCAUUUCAAGAUCUUUUCGGUCCUCGAGCUGUCAGAGAUUCUCUUCCUUCAGAAUCAACUCUAGUCUUUGUUUGGGAGCUUCUGAUGUUACUCCUUCAUUGGUUCCUUGCGCAAGUGUUGGAACAAACUUGAGGAACCAUUUAACAAGAUGUGCUGGUGCUGGUUCUCGUUCUAGUUUUGGAAGAUCUUCAUCUCAAAAUGAGAGAAGAAAAGCUUCUUGGUUUUGUUCUUUCAAUUCUUUCAAUCAAUCUGUUUCUACAGCUAGUGGAUGCUGA